CAAGCUAUUACAUGGGCCAUCUCGCAGAAUUUAUCAGUCAGCACCUAUUCAAGUUGGAAAGUGUAUCCGGAUGAUCUGGACAAGUACUAGUCGAGCGAACCAUUUUCGGGCAGGCCGUUCCCUUAGUGUGGAGUCUGUUCUGUGGAAACCCGCCGACAGAUUACUGGUAUAUAGUGUAGUUCUCCAUUCUCCCUAUUGGGAAGCUCAAGUCAAACGAAUUCGUAUGAUCCGCCAACAGACUAGUGGUGCACAUGCCUCAUUCUGAGAGCGUAACAGGACAACGGAGUGAAACCUAUUGCUAAACAACUUGUGGCGCCAAGGAUACUACCCUCGAAUAUCACUAGUAGGAGGUUUCGCGAAGCAACCGUCUCCGCAGACUGUGGUAUCCGCCCAACACCCAAGAGAAAUCGCUGAGAGGUUUGACAAAGAGCCCCUGUGAGCCUUAAGCAGUCCCCGAAACGUAAUUUCUGACUAUAAAAGCAGGAGGCUGCCCGCCCCAGAGGCUGUCCCUGCAUCUAUAACCAUAGCAUCACUCACUUUCUUGUGAAGUUAGAACACAGCCAAAAUGCCUCUCAAGAACUUCGCUAGUCAGCUUGCCCUGUCCCUGGCACUCUUCGGUACGGCCAUGGGCCAGAAGGUCGAAGGCCCCGAAUACAACAAGCCCAACGGAGGUCCUCCUGGUAAAUUCUUUGCGGCUUCAAGCUCUUUGCCUGUUGCCGCUCUGCAGGCUGCCGCUGCUAAGGCCAGUGUUGUACCGAGUCACGCUACAUACCCCAUCGGCGAGGACUCUUCUAUCAAGUCCACUAUUCAUACCGACUGGGCGAAGUUCAGUGAGGGCGCUGCCAUCUCGUGGGUGGCGGACAUGGAUGUUGACUGUGAUGGAAUUAACCAUGGCUGCAAGGGUAAUCCCGAUGGUCAAGAGAAGACCAACUGGGGUGCGCUCUCCGCAUAUGAAGUGCCUUUCAUCGUGAUCCCGGAUGAAUAUCUUAUGGCCAAUAAAGCCACUAUCAAGGGAAACAGCAUCGCUGCUGUUAUCUGUAAUGGUAAGAUGUACUACGGUAUCCUCGGUGACUCGAAUGGAGAUGAGCCCCAGGUCACUGGUGAAGCCUCUUGGAUCUUGGCCAGGACCUGCUUCCCUGAAGAGAACCUGGACGGCAACAGGGGCCACACUGCCGCUGAUGUCACCUACAUCCUCUUCACCGGUGAGAGCGCCGUUCUCCCCAAGAGCGCCCUGAACAAGAACUACAUCACCAACUUCGAUACCCUGCGCUCCAUGGGCGACAAGCUCGUUGGUGCUCUUUCCUCCAACCUCAAACUCGGCGGCGAUGGAAAUCCUCCCACUACCCUAACCACAACUAGCGUCCCCCAGCCAACAGGUGAUUCCUGCGACUGGCCUGGACACUGCGCCGGUGCCAGCUGCUCCACUCACGAUGACUGCUCCGAUCCGUUCGCCUGUGUGAAUGGCAAAUGUGCCGUGGACCCUGGGUCUGUGCCUUGUGAAUGGGAGGGCCACUGUGCUGGGGCUCAAUGUAGUUCCCACGAUGACUGCUCUGACCCCUUUUCUUGCCAGAAUGGAGUCUGUGCUUGAAUAGCGAUGGUGUUCAGUCAAUCGGUAUACAUGAACAGAGAGUAUACUUUGAUAUAAGGGAGGAAUGCGGCGGCCUUCAAGGCGGCUGGUUACUCAGGGUAAUGUAUGAAGUUUUCCGACCUUGUGAGGGAAAUUUUAUGUGUGCUAUAUAUAGACAUGGGUAUAUAGUGAGACUCAGUGACUGAUAGAGGUGGAGAGAUGCAUUAUCCCUGAGUGUAACUCUUUUGUGGGGUUAGGAUUGGGGUCACCGACGACUGAAAGCUUGGGUGCCCUGGGCACAGUAUAUAUAAUAUGUCUGUGUACAGCAGGCAAGAAAGCCUUGCUACUAUAGCUGAGUGUAUAACAUGACCAUGCUACAGAAAUAUCCACUUUAUGUUCAGUUUGCG